AUGUCCAUCAAAAUUCCACCUACAUCCCAACCCAAGGAACCGUUCCGACACAGGAACGGUUCAGGAGAGCUCGAUGUGUUUGAGGCGGCUCGUUAUUUUUCAGGUGCCACUGAAAACAUUAAUGGCACCUGUAAAAACGUCAUUGGCGAAGCUAGGGUUAUCGGAAACAGUACACAAAAGUUUUGCAUAAGGCCUAUGGGAAGAAUGAGUCUUGACAUGCCAAAAAAUAUAGAGAAUUCCAUUCCUUUGCAAGCCAUGUUGAUGGAUAAUUCCAUGAUGGUCAACAAUGAGAAGAAGUCCAAGCAUCCAAGCUCACCUGGAGGGAAAUUGGCCCAUUUCUUGAAUUCUCUCUUUAACCAAACGUCUUCAAAGAAGUCAAAGUCUAAGUCAAAUACAAAGUCAACCAAGGAUGAAGAUGAGGGUCCUGGUGGUUGGAGAAGGAAGAGAAGGAGUAGCAUUAGUCAUUUCACGAGUGGAAACAGUAAUUCCAGCAUCAUCACCACCACUACCAUCACGAGUGAUUCAAAAUCUUUGAUUUCAACCUCAAGAAGUUCAGGCUUUAGAACACCACCUCCUUAUCAUAUGGUACACACACCCACAAAAACCACCAGAAGCUAUUCAGAUCUCAAGCACCCUCCAAGUCAAAUUACGAAAAUGCCCAUCCAUGCCACCCUCAACAAGAUCGAAAAUUUCAGCAUCAAGAGUGAUCUUUCUGAAAAAAAGAUGAGUUUUGGAACUAGGUUUGUGGAAAACGUAAAGACUUUUGAGGAAAAACAAGAAGAACAUCAUGCGCAUAAGUAUGUUUCAAGAGAAGACAUCAAAGAAUUCAAGAGGUUUAGUGAUGAAGACGGAGGAGAUAGUGAUUCAAGCUCUGAUCUUUUUGAGUUAACAAAUUGUGAUUUGGGUUAUUAUCCAAGUGGUUUACCUGUCUAUGAAUCCACCCGUAUCGAUACCAUAAAGAGAGGAGUACCAAUCUCGAGCUAA